CAAUAGUGUUAAAUUUUUUUUGUAGAAUUUAUUAAUUCGAUACAAUCCCUAAUCCGUCAAACCACACCUAUUCUUGUCUGCCCGUUUUUCUAGGGCGGGAGUUUUGAACGCCAUCGCCGCACGAGAGGAAAACGGUCUCCAUGGUAACGAUGGUAAGCCGGAAGUGCUGGGCUCUCUCAAGUAAUGUCCAGGUCAGUGGGGUGUCCUCUGAAUAUGGGGGCGACUGCCCUUGAGUCUCUCUCCAGCUUACAGAGACGUCUUCAGUCAGCCGAGGAGCAGUCAGAAGAGCUAGCGAGGGGUCUAAAUAUUUUGGGAGUGUCUGCGGAUCAUCUUCUCUUAAACUCUUCUGCUAGCAGCUCUUUAAAGCACCCGGUCAGUCCAGUAAACAUCCAUCAGGGCCUGGGUGCUGAUGGAGAGGGGUUGCUAUGGAGACUAUGUGAAACGCUCGUCUCACGUGUGUGUCGAUUGGAGAGCCUAUUGCAAGCUCUCAAACUCGCCACUUUCCGUUUGGAAACAGACAGAGAGCUUAAUCCAUCCCAUUCAGCGCAUCUUCAUCAGGAGUUAAGCAUCCUGCAGGGUCAGUAUGAGGAGGAGCAGCGCUCCUCGCGGAGGGAGGUGUUGAAGUUACAGGAUCGACUGCAGCAGGCUUGUGAUGAGAGAAAGGAGGCACAGCAGGAGGUGUUCAGACUCAGGGAGGCGCUGCAUAGCACCGUAUCUGCUAAGAGGAGGGAGCUGAUAGCACAGGAAACCGCAGUGGACCUGAAAGCGAAGCAAUCCCACAAUGCACUGCUACUCAGAGUGAAGGAGUUGGAGAGAGUGAUAGAGAGGAAAAGUGGACAGGUGAAAGCUCUUGAAGCAGCACGCCACACCCUACACGCUGACAGACAAGUCAACAGGGCGGAGCUAAAAACAAGGACAGAGCACAUCUUCAGCCUGGAGAGAGAGUGUCAACAGAUCAAAGAUCAAUCUGAUGUGAAGGAGACUUUGAUAUCAGAGCUGAGCAAAGAGAUGAAGAAUUUGAAGAUGUCUCUGCAAAAACGAGAGCAGGAGAACGUUAGACUCAUGAGAGAUGAACGAGAUCUCAGAGCAGCUGCAGCUGAUGUUCAGGUGUUGAACAACAAGUUAGAGGUUCAGUGUUCAAAGCUGAAAGCUACAGUGCAGUCAUUAACACUCGAAAACACUCGAAUACAGAAUGAACGUCAAAACAACAUUAAGGAACAGAUGCAGCUGUUAGACACAGUCAGAAGAAAUGGUCAGACUGAACUACAGAGCACAAUAUCUGAGAAACUCGCCCUACAGAAACAACUGGAGGUGUUGAAGGCGGAUCAGGCCAGACUUCAGCAGAGUUCUCUUGUCGCCCAGCAGACAGCUGUCAAUCAUCAACAGAUGCUGGAACAAACCAUCGAGAGGCUUCAGGAGGAGCUUAGCUGUGCACUGAGAAAGGAAGAAAACACGAGGAAAGAGAGAGAUCAGAUAAAUAGUGAAAUGAGCUCAAAAAUCAUUUUGCUUGAAAAUGAAAAGAAUAGUCUUGAAACACAGCUGGCAGAGAUCAAGAUUGAGUUUAGCACAGUGAACUCCGGGCUGCAGAAGCAGGAGAAGGAGAACAAGGCCCUGAUGGAGAGCCUGACAGUCAUGCAGCAUCAGCAGGAAACUCAUCGUCAGGUAGAACAGAUGCUCUGGGACAUGACCGACAGCAAGAACAAACUGGCUUACGAGAAGGGCAAGUUGCAGGCAAAAGUGCAGCAGAUGGGAGAAGACCUGAAGACGAUGAAAGCAGAAUGCAGUCAAUACUGUCAGAUCAAUAUUACACUGCAGAACAGUUACACACAGGUACAGAGCGAGAACAACACUCUGAAAGAGCAUCUUCAUAUGUUACAGCAACAGCACAGAGACACGAAUGAAGUGGUACAGGUGCUGGAGAAGGUCCUGUCAUCUCACACUCUUCUGCAGCAGAACACACAGACACUACAGACUGAGCUGCAAGAUAGAACACAGGAACUACACACACUCAGGAAAGAGAAACUGCAGGCUAUGAAAGAGAUUCAGAAGCUUAGGGCUGAAGCUGAGCACCUGGAGAAGUUGACACGCAUAACCGGAAAUAAGGUUGAGUCUUUGGAAAAAGCUCUCGAUGAGGCUCAGUUUGACAACAGGAAACUUGCUCAGAAUUUAGAACAGCUCCUGCAGGAAAACCACAACGCACAAGAGAAACUAAACACACUGAGACCGAGAGAGGUGGAGCUAAAAGAUGCAAGGGACAAGAUUUGUCGACUGACAGAACAUUUAGAUUCCUUCAAGAAGCUGCUCAAAAGAAAGAAAGACUCAAAGCGACAGCUGAAAAAAGCACUUGAUGAGGCAUCAUUGAAAUCACAUGACCUUUCACAAGCCAAUCAGGAGCUUCGAGAGAAGGUGUCUGACCUGGAGAAGCUUGUGUCCUGUCUGAAGUCUCAUUUGAACAGCAGGACACCUGAGAACAGCUCGCUGAGAAUUAAGGAUCUGGAAGCUGAAAUUGAAAGUCUUGAAGAAAUAAAGGAUGAUUAUAAGAAAAGAAGUUAUGAACAGUCUCAGUCUUUUCAGCAGCUCCAUUCUGAGAUGGCAUCUCUUCAGACAGAGCUUCAGUUUCUAGCCUCCAACCAGGGGGAGCAGGGGGAGCUACAGGCUGAGAGAGAGCUGAAUCACACACUACAUGAGAAAUGUCUGCAUUUGGAAAAGAAGUUGAAACAGCUCCAGGACGAGAGAGAUCAGGCAGAAGUGAGCCAUGGGGAGAUCACAGAGAACACGAUCGAGGAUCACAGAGAUCUCUGCUCUAUAUCUGAGAGCUUUAAAGACGAGUCUGUGCCUCAGAAACUCACAGAGAACUUCUGGAGGACAGAAAAAGACUGCACAACAUCAGCUGCAGCUCAAAAUAGAAGUGAGACCGACACUUGUGUUUUUGACACUGAACUGGAGCCCUGGGACUUUACAUUACAGCGCUGGGAGAUCAAGAAAGACCAGACACGCAUCACCAGCAGUUACAAACCCACCAGACAUGUGCACACACUGACGUGACAUCACCUGAUUAUACUGCACGAACUACACAAAGGAACUAUUUCAAACAUGCAAUAUAUCAAAUAUAAAACAAAUAUUAAGCAUUUUGUUGCUUUUAUGUGUCUAGGAAUAAAAAUGCAGUUAUGAACUGUCCAUGCUCUCUGAAAUUAGUCAGAGUUUAGUGAAAAAAAAACAUCAUGACUAAUAGGCUACUUAAAAACUGAAUUAAAAAUAGAGUCUUUUAAAUUAACAAUUUAAA